CCCGCCGCCCCGGCCCGCUCCCGCCCGGCUGGGGGACGCCCGCCGGUCCCGCUCAACAAGUUCCCCCCUUCCCUCCCUCCCUCCGUCCCCUCCCGCCGCCGCCCCGCGGCGGGGACCCGGCCGAGAGGCCCCCCCCGGCCGCCGCAGCCGAUGAGGGCAGCGGGGGAGCGGGCGGCGGCGGCGGCUGCCUCUAGCGAGCGCUCGGGAGAGCGGCGGCGUGGCGGGCGGCAGAUGCGCGACCGGCGGGGACCUUCCGACGGCCAGCUCGCCCCGGCGGAGGGCGGGAGGGGGAUGCACGGCGAGGGGAGCGCACACACCGCCGCUUCUGCCUGAGGAGGCACAAGGCAUCAUGGUGAGUAAGGAGCCCAGCAAAUGCUUACUCACCACCUCGGAAAGCGAAGUUGAGCCAGCGGCUUCGCUCGCUUUGGAGAUGAAAUACGCACUGGAUCCCAACCGGCAGAUUAAGAAACGAAACAAAGCCCUCCAGGUGAGAUUUAAGGAUAUCUGCGAGGCCCAGAACGAGCAGCGGGACAAACAGCUAUCCACCACACAGGAUCCCGACAAGAGGGAAGCCAAGCCCCUUUCCUACAAAACGGCUUAUCGCAAGUACAUGACGGUGCCUGCCCGGAGGUCGAUCCCCAACGUCACCAAGAGCACAGGAGUUCAGACUUCACCCGAUCUUAAAAAGUGUUACCAGACCUUUCCUCUGGACCGGAAAAAAGGGAAUAUUCUUAAAAGCGCCUCAACUGUCGACACCUUCAAGAGUGAGAACAACGGGUUUCUAAUAGACGUAAAGGACAAAGACGGCAGGAGCUCAGGGGAGGCCGCUCAGUGGAGCAGGAAGGCCGGCAGCCUGCAGACGGCAGAGUUCAUUUCCCACAUCAACGAGCGCACCUACGCAGGAUCUGGCGACAUCGGGGCCGAGGCCUGGCAAAGCAGCGAUUUGCACAGCUCUCCCGAAGAGCCGCCGCCUCCUCCUGCUCUCCCAGAUUUGGCUGACCCCGCUUCGGAGGAGCCCGCCGGCCGAGGGAAACAGGCGGCGGGGCGGCCGGGGAGCGAGGAGGCCACCCAGCCCCUCCACGGGAGGGUCUUCAAGACUGAAGUGGCCACCGUUUACUUGCCGGCGGUCGGUUCGAACGCCUCGCAACCCGACCUGCCAAAUCUCCUGGCCGAGACCGACUGGUCACCGUGCCCGACAGCCGAGGAGGACAAAAAGAGGACCGUGCACCUGAACGGUGUUCAGCCCCAGGCGGGAGAUGCUCGAGCCUGCUCAUCACGGGCGCAGUGCCAAGCCACCGAAUGUAACGAACAGACCCUUCAGAUAAACGUUUCACCUAUGGAGGAGAACCAGCCUUGCCAGACGGCCGUCGCGGUGAGCGAGGAAUGCCAACAAAUCGUGCCUCACACGGAAGUUGUGGACUUGAAAGCGCAGCUUCAGAUGAUGGAAAAUUUGAUCAGCUCCAGUCAGGAAACCAUAAAAGUGUUGUUGGGUGUUAUACAGGAGCUAGAGAAAGGAGAAGCUCACAGAGAAGGGCUUUCAUAUCGGACUGGUCAAGACACGGCUAAUUGCGACACAUGCAGGAAUAGUGCAUGUAUUAUCUACAGCGUGGAAUUGGAUUUUAAACAGCAAGAAGAUAAACUACAGCCAGUUUUGAGAAAACUUCAUCCUAUUGAGGAAACUCAGGUUGCACCUUUGCCUUAUUCUCAGGAGAGCUACUCCUCCACUCCCAAGCAAAAAUCCAAAACUGAAUCAAAAAAGCAUGGAAGAUGGAAACUCUGGUUCCUUUAACCCAAGUCCAUUACAUGUGGAGUUCAAGGCCUUCUUUGAAAAAUAUUUGGAGUUCUAUCAAUCAUCUAUAACGGGAUCUUUGUAGACUGAUCUGUGUUACCGGCCAAUGUAGUUCUGACCAUUCUGGCAGCAUUCAGUUCUCACCGUAUGUACCAAAAAGGCCUUUGUACCUAUAAACUAACGCCCAGAAGCAAGGCGUUAGGUAAUACCUUGCCAACUUUUAUUUGCAGUUCACCAAUGUGGGAUGUAAAACCUGAAUUGGAAUUUGUACAAAGAUGGAAAGUAAAACUAUUUCCCCCUGCCCUUAGAUCCGAAAGCGUCGCAUUCUAACCUGUUAAAUUGUAGGCUGUCAUCCUGUACACAGCUAAAUAUCACUGUUGUUUUAAAGCCUUUUGGGGGUUUGGUUUAUUGUCUUUAAACAAUGAGGGGAAAAAAAAAAAAACAGGCAAGCGACCCUUGUAUUUGCAAUGGUCUUCAGUUUUACAAAUCCAUGUUGAUCGGGGAGUGCAGUUUUCAGCACAUAUAUCCUGGACAAAGCACAAUUUUUCAUGUGGUCCAAGACCAAGAAUAAUCUCUAAGAUGUGACUCUAUGUAUAUUUGCCUUCAUGCGAUGUAGACUUCAACCGAGCUAUCACACUCCGCCAGCGCACCGUCAUUUCUAAUUUAGCUGUGUCCUCAUCACCAGACGAACACGUUUGCUGCUCAUCUCCAAGGGGCGAGGGGCUAGAAACCUCCCAAAGUCAGGACAAGCCUUUAACCGCACCGAGCUGACAGGGUCACGGCUACGGGACAAUCGUCUGUCCUAGAUCUCGCUUUCGGUCUUUUGGUACCCAAAAGGUCUAAACGACACAUUCUGGCACAGAAAAAUAACCCAACCCCACAAAUGGAACAAAAGCUCUACGGAUUGCUGGCAUUUGCCAUAAUUUAGUAUCUUUUUGUAAUGCAGUCUUUGGAAAACCUCGACGCUAUUGCAGACGGCACCAGAAAAUUUAUAGUACGAAUUACGCUUUGAAACCUGUUUCGAAGGAGCAGUAAUUUUAAAUGCUAUUUUAGUAAGCUUCUCAGAUGGGUUUCCCAAUAUAUUAUAAUUUAUAUCUCAAUCUAUUAAUUGUACUUGCUGACCAACACACUUAGGGAAGAGAUGUGAAUCACUUUUUCCUUUUGUUUUUUUUUUUUUUUUCUUUUUUUAAAUGACAUUUAAAAUUUUGCUCUUAAUUACAAACUGCAACUUUUUCCUUUAAGUAUUUGCUACUGCCAUUAAACUUGCAUCUAGAACAAACGUUUGUGGAAAAAAUUUCUCAUGCUAGAAGCGGCCAGGGAGAGGGAACCUUGUCGUCUCUUCUUUUUUUUAAGGAUUUAAGAGAAUUUGAGUGGUAGCGUCACGUGACACACGGGUUUACUAAGAAUUGGGUUUGAAGUUGCGUACCCAGCGGUAUCAGUAAGAUACAAAUUCUUCAGUCUUUAGGUGGAAGAGAUGCAACCACCAGCAGAAGAGUUUGCACACACUAGAAAGUCUGAAGUGUUUUCAUUUACACUUUUUCCUCUUAGCUCAGCAACAAAUCCAUGACUGAAGAAAACGUGAGGGAGAUAAUUCCCCCCCCAAGCAAAGAGUGGGAAAAGGAAGUUAAAAUGGGAACAGAAAUGCAGCAGGUGUCUGUGUCCCCACCUCAACAUUAAUUUCAGCGUGCUGUAAUGUGAAAAAGUCACCUUUGCAGUAAACCUUCAAGAGGGCUAAGAGUUCUUGUACAUAAGCAAAUAAUAUCCUGAAAUAGGGUUGUGAAAGCCAAAGGAUUAGAGAAAGUGACCCUGUGUACCAGGAAGCGCAAUUGUUUCAUGUGGGAAAAAAUGUGCUUCAUAUAUUUUAGACCAUUUUUAAUUGAAAAUAGAAAACUUUACAAGGCAGCCCACCCCACGUGUUCCCGAAACCCAAGUUUUUCCAAAAGAGACAAUAUUUUUUUCCCUAAAUGGAAAGAAACAUCAAAUACGGACGUAACAAGGAAAUACAACAGUAUUCAGCAUUAGUUUAAACUAGUGUUAGUAAUUAACGAACUCAUCCAUGCUAAAGUCUUUGGGUUUGGGUUUUUUGUUGGGCGUUUUGUUUUGUUUAAAUCCAGCAUCUCUCCCUGGCAAUCGGUCACGAAUCGGCAGUGUCGCCGAAUCAGCAGCGUUCCCCAUAGCCCUGUUCUAAGCGUUCUUGCGGGCAGGGACCCCGACACAAAACCGAACCGUUCUGCGUGGUUACUGACUCAUGCGGCCGCCAGGGUUCUGUAAGCAUUUAAAAUGAUAGAGGAAAAUUCACUGGUGAAACAUGUAAGAGCUAAAAGGGAAAGUUCUCACGGCGUGUUCUGUACAUGUCCAGGCUAUUUUCUUAAGAAGUUGCAAAUUUUUAAUUUUUUACAUUUUUUUAAAACUGGAAAAGCUAACAUACAUAUAGUCUUGCUUAAAAUUACAUAUCGUGUUCUAUCGUACCAUACAAUGUAAUUUGUAAUAAAAUGUUUUUGCAAGUGUGUAAAAUGUAUCAUAGUGUAUUACAUUUAGAAUCACUCAGGCUCAGGUUAGAUAUAGACACUGAGAGAAAAACCUAAUUCUUUAGAGCUUUUAGUUAAAUGUGACUGACAAAGCUAUUUUCACCCUGAGGUAGAAGAUAUUAUAACAUGCAGGUAUGAGGUUAGGACAAAGAAAAUGCAUCUUUACUUUCAACGUGGCACAUAAGGUAGCUUUGCUGAAUUCACUGACAAUACCCUGCACUUUCUUACACUGAUUUGCUAUAUGCACUUCUCCCAUAUCGUGCUUUAAAAUACACUUUAGUCAAUAAAUACUGCAGUGAUUUUUAUGACUUGCUAUUUUCUGAGUCCGUAGAACUUCCAUGAAGCAACAGCUACAUUCAUUGUUUUAGGACUAUUAGGAAACACUAUUCAUGUGAGUAUCACUUGUUUUCUUAAAGAAAAAAAGUCACUGUAAAAAAUAGUUUUAAAAAAAAUCAGGAGAAACUGAAAAAAAAAUCAUGAUUAAAAC